UAAGUAUCUUUGUUGGCAAAACCCAAACCAAAACACAACACAAACUUUCUCUCUUUCUCUCUUCAAUAACACAAUUUUGCACUCUCAAACCAAAUCACAAACAUGAAUACUGAUCAGUUCCAAAAGAAUACCAUGUACAUAGAAACACCCGAAGCUUUUGGAGAGGCUACCAAGAACUUCGACGAUGACGGACGAACCAAGAGAACCGGUACAUGGGUAACAGCAAGUGCUCACAUAAUAACGGCGGUGAUAGGGUCAGGAGUGUUAUCACUUGCAUGGGCCAUUGCCCAAAUGGGUUGGGUGGCUGGUCCGGCGGUUCUCUUUGCCUUCUCAUUCAUCACUUACUUCACCUCCACUCUUCUCGCCGACUGCUACCGCUCCCCCGACCCCGUCCACGGCAAGCGAAACUACACCUAUUCCGACGUCGUCAAGGCUACUUUAGGUGGGAAGAAGUUUCAGCUGUGUGGAUUAGCUCAGUAUAUAAAUCUUGUCGGUGUAACAAUCGGCUACACGAUAACUGCUUCAAUCAGUAUGGUGGCUGUGAAAAGGUCGAACUGUUUCCACAAACAUGGGCAUGAAGCAAAGUGCCACAUAUCAAACAACCCAUCUAUGAUCAUCUUUGCAUGCAUUCAAAUCGUGCUUAGCCAGAUUCCAAAUUUUCACAAACUCUCAUGGCUCUCCAUUGUUGCUGCCGUUAUGUCUUUUGCUUAUUCUUCCAUUGGCCUUGCUCUCUCCAUAGCUAAAGUAGCAGGUGGCGGCGGACAAACGGCGCGGACGACGCUAACCGGCGUGCAAGUUGGGGUGGACGUAACCGGAACAGAGAAAGUUUGGAGGAUGUUUCAAGCAAUUGGUGACAUUGCGUUUGCUUAUGCCUAUUCUAAUGUCCUCAUUGAGAUUCAGGAUACCCUGAAAUCAAGCCCUCCAGAGAACAAGGUCAUGAAGAGAGCAAGUUUGAUUGGAAUCAUGACCACAACCAUAUUUUAUGUGCUAUGUGGCUGCAUAGGUUAUGCCGCAUUUGGAAACGAUGCACCGGGAAACUUCCUCACAGGGUUCGGAUUCUAUGAGCCAUUCUGGCUAAUAGACUUUGCCAACGUCUGCAUAGCCAUCCACUUGAUCGGUGCAUACCAGGUCUUCUGCCAGCCCAUAUUUGGUUUCGUAGAGAAAUGGAGCAAAGAAAAAUGGAGCAAUAGCCAGUUUGUGAAUGCAGAGCACUCUGUGAACCUUCCACUAUGUGGAACCUACAGCGUGAACUUGUUCAGAGUGGUGUGGAGAACCUUAUAUGUUAUCUUCACUGCUUUGAUAGCUAUGAUGUUCCCAUUCUUCAAUGACUUCCUUGGCCUAAUUGGUUCACUAUCAUUUUGGCCAUUAACGGUUUACUUCCCCAUUGAGAUGUACAUAAAGCAAUCAAAUAUGCAAAGAUUCUCAUUUACAUGGACAUGGCUCAAGAUAUUGAGCUGGGUAUGCUUGAUUGUUUCUAUUAUUUCAGCAGCUGGAUCCAUCCAAGGCCUUGCUCAAGAUCUCAAGAAAUAUCAGCCUUUCAAGCCUCAGCAAUAAUACCUUGUUCCAUGUGUUAUUAUAUUAUAUUAUAUUGUUUUUCUUUGUUUAGUUGCUAUUUUUGUGUGUUUCUUGUUUUAAUAAGUUAUCAGUAAGUUCAUGGAUAAUGUAAUGUUAUCAGUGUCCUGUGGGAAAGAAAGAAUGUAGCAUGCAGUUUUAGUGUAUAUAUGUCAUGAAUAA